GAACUUUUAUCAUCACUUCCCCAUGAAAAAAAAAAUAAUAAUAAAUGAUUAAAAUAAGGGACAACACUUCAUCCCAUUCUUGUUUCUUCUCCUCAUCCCUUAUGAUCUACACUCACGUACCCACCUUUGAGGUGGAUUCGCGAGGUAAAAUUUACAUGUCUCACCUGACACCAAAUUCAGGCACAGGUUUCUUCUUCCUGCCUUAAAUUCGCCCCUUCAUCACUUUUUUUUCCUCCCCUUCUUCUUCUUCUUCUCCCUUCACCUGUGUUUUCGUUUUUUUUUUCAGUUACUCUCCUUCUCCUGAACUUACUAAAUUAUACUCGCUUGGUUUUUUCUUUCAUUUUUAAUCCCCCCCAAGCGGGCCGGAAUAAUAAUGGGCACGGUUAACAAUUUGUUCUCUGGCGGUUCGCAGCGUUUCUGGGUUCCGUCUCCUCGUCUGGACAGACAAGGGUUCUUCCCCAGUACCUUGGAUUCCAGAGAUACUGCAGCGACACCUGCUACCGACAACAGCAAUGCUGCUGUGUCAGCAGCGACAUCUUCCAUGCCAGGUGAAAACCACGAUCCGGGGUUCCUAGCCAAGUUCGGGCUAGCAGGCUCGACUAAGAUUGAAGCGGACUCGGGACAAGCACCUGUUUAUGUUGAUCCCAUAACCCGAAGAUACGAAGAAUUCGCCGCAGCAAAAUGGCCUAACCCCUUUGAAGCAAUAAAGCGAGGAAUUGCGUCUCUUGGGGUGUGUCCCACUGAGGAAGAUAGGGCCAAACUGGGACAGGAGCCUUGCCCAGAUAGUGUUACCGCCGGCGGGGCAUUCAAGUGGCUCCGGUGGUUCCUCAUGGGGGAGGCGCUGAUGUUUUGGGGCAUGCUGGGGUACCAGUACACCACUUGCACUCAGAGGCACGAGUGCCACCGCCUCAUCAACACCAUGCGGAAUGCGCAGGACAUGCCCAAGUAUAUAUGA